AUGCGCAUGUGUGCACUACUUGUAUCAAAUACAUUCGGGUGACGUACGGGGGAGCUGUAGCUAGUAGCCUGAGGAAGAUUUUUAAAUACUGUCAGAGCAUCAUGGGAUUUGUAGUUCUAUUAUUGUUUAUGUACUUUUUGGUCACCACCUGUUUAAGGAUUCAUCAGUCCUUAGUGUGUUGAAAGUUGAGGGGGAGAUAAGUGGGUGGUGCUUAGUGAACUCUCUUAUCAAACAAUGAUCUGGAAAUUGUGUCCUAUAACCCUGCAUUAUUCUCAAUAAGCAAACCAGUGUAACAAUGUGUUUUUGAUGAUGCUAAUAUAAGAUCCCUAUUUUUCUACAACAGCAAGUGGAAGAGCAGAACUGCUGAAAAUAAACCUGCGAGAACUUGAAAUAGAUCCUGAUGUUAACCUUGAAACCAUUGCUGAGAAGAUUGAAGGCUAUUCCGGUGCAGAUAUAACCAAUGUCUGCAGGUAUUUAUAUUCACACAUUAGAUCUUCUUUCCUCUCAUCCUAGCAAGCUCUAAGUAAGCUUACCCUUGCUUUGUGGGGUAGGUUGUAGUUGGCCUGCUUUUCUGCGAAGACCAGGCACAAUGUGAAGUUCUGAAACAGUCCCAGAGUGCUUUUCUUUAAAGGGAUACUAUAGUGCCAGGAAUACAAAGUUGUACCAAAGGUACGGUAACAUUCCAAAAGUGUUUUACAUUGCAGCACGAAGUGCAAUAGGGACACUGUACCCAGACAACUUCAAUGAGUUGAAGUGGUCUGAGUGUCAAUAGUGUCCCUUUUAGUGCUUGUGCAUGACAACGGUUUUUGUGAUCUCACACUAGUUCAUGAUUGUCUGCAAUUUUUGGUCAGAUAAGUGGUGCUUCUGAGAAAAUUGAGAACUUAAAGAUGGUUGCUUCCUCCAAGCAAGAAUAAGACCAGAGAUGCAAUGAAAUGAGGGAUUUACCUGUACAGGUGAUACUCAAAAAAUUAGAAUAUCAUGCAAAACUUCAUUUAUUUCAGUAAUGUAACGUAAAAGUGGAAACUAAUAUAUGAGAUAGACGCAUUACAUGCAAAGCAACAUAGUUCAAGCCGUGAUUUGUCAUAAGUGUGAUUAUGGCUUACAGCUCACGAAAACCCCAAAUCCACAAUCUCAGUAAAUUAGAAUAUUGUGAAAAGGUGCAAUAUACUAGGCUCACAGUGUCCCACUCUAAUUAGCUAAGUAAGCCAGAACACCUGCAAAGGGUUUCUGAGCCUUUAAAUGGUCUCUCAGUUUGGUUCAGUAGGAAUCACAAUCAUGGGGAAGACUGCUGAACUGACAGUUGUGCAGAAAACCAUUAUUGAUGCCCUCCAUGAGGAGGGAAAUCCUCAAAAGGUAAUUGCGAAGGAAGUUGGAUAUUCCCAAAGUGCUGUAUCAAAGCACAUUAACAGAAAGUUAUGUGGAAGGGAAAAGUGUGGAAGAAAAAGGUGCACAAGCAGCAGGGAUGACCGCAGCCCGGGGAGGAUUGUCAGGAAAAGGCCAUUCAAAUGUGUUGGGGACUUUCAUAAGGAGUGGACUGAGGCUGGAGUCAGUGCAUCAAGAGCCACCACACACACACAGACGGAUCCUGGACAUGGGCUUCAGAUGUCGUAUUCCUCUUGUCAAGCCGCUCCUGACCAACAAACAAUGUCAUAAGCAUCUUACCUGGGCUAAAGAAAAACAGACCUGGUCUGUUGCUCAAUGGUCCAAAGUCCUCUUUUCUGAUGAGAGCAACUUUUGUAUCACAUUUGGAAACUAAGGACCCAGAGUCUGGAGGAAGAAUGGAGAGGCACACACUGCAAGAUGCUUGAAGUCCAGUGUGAAGUUUCCACAGUCUGUGUUGAUUUGGGAAGCCAUGUCAUCUGCUGGUGUUGGUCCACUGUGCUUCAUUAAGUCCAGGGUCAAUGCAGCCGUCUACCAGGAGAUUUUGGAGCACUUCAUGCUUCCUUCUGCAGACGAGCUUUAUGCGGAUGCUGACUUCAUUUUCCAGCAGGACUUGGCACCUGCCCACACUGCCAAAAGCACCAAAGCCUGGUUUGACCAUGGGAUUACUGUGCUUGAUUGGCCAGCAAACUCGCUUGACCUGAACUCCAUAGAGAAUCUAUGGGGCUUUGCCAAGAGAAAGAUGAGACAUGAGAACGAACAAUGCAGAAGAGCUGAAGGCCGCUAUUGAAGCAUCCUGGUCUUCCAUAACACCUCAGCAGUGCCACAGGCUGAUAGCUUCCAUGCCACGCUGCAUUGAGGCAGUAAUUGCUGAAAAAGGGGCCCAAACCAAUUAUGGAGUCCAUAUGCAUGCUUAUACUUUUCAGAGGUCCGAUAUUGUUUCUAUGUACACUCCUUGUGUAACGGAUCACCUGACACCCUGUCUGGGUACCUCUGUUAACCCCUUAAGGACCAAACUUCUGGAAUAAAAGGGAAUCUUGACAUGUCACAAAUGUCAUGUGUCCUUAAUGGGUUAAAGGAUGCUCCUAGCGCUUCCUGAGGACUCCUGAAACACUCUGCUUUUAUGCACAUUUUACACACAUAGUACCGACCACAGGGCUUUGAAGAACAACCAAUCAAAACAUUACAACACAGCUAAACACUCCCAUUCAUUCACACAAAAUCCUCCCCUCUGCCUGUGAUACAAGUACUGAACACAAUACGUUAAUGUAAUUAUCAUAGGCAGGAAAAAUAUACUUUUUAUACAUGUACUGUAACUUUAAAACUAUACAUCCAAUCUUCCUAAAAGUUUCAUAUUAAUAAUCAGCAUAUUUUAAAAAUAAACACUCUCAAAAAUCAUACAAAUCCCUCCAGUAGUUCAAAAGUUAGUCGGAAGUCCUUUAUGACCGACAGCAAGCACAUUUUCUUGCCCAAAACAGUUCCAUAGAUUUGGGCUGUGCGGUAGGUCUAUUUUACACUGAAAAAAUGACGAAGUCCCAUUCGAACAUGCGUUCGAAUCACCGAACGGGACUUAAUCUCUGUGGCUGAAAAAUUAGUGGAGGAGAAGGUAAGGGUCAGCGGUGUUCGUUGAAAUGUGUAGCCAAUUUCAGUUCCAUGAAUUUGGCAGCACACACCGCUGACCGCGUUCAGCUGAAUAAAGAUGGCAGCCACAACGUGUUCGUUUGUACGAACGGCAGCCACCCAUUGGUCGGCAAUUUACCUACAGGUAAAUUGCCUGCACGCUUCCACUUCUGGGUGGUCCGCCUGUGGUGCACUUGGUUCAGUAAGCCCCAUUUACUGAACCAAGUGGGAGAAAGCCCUGCACAAAGGAUUUUAAAGGUCUGGGGACAUAGUCUUAAAGGGGCAUUGUCACACAAAGUCUCAAUAUGUCCCCAGACGGUUCUUAAAGGGCCAACACGGUCCAAUACAAGUCCAUAAGCCCAAAUGCUGUUUUUAAAGGGCCAUACACCCUAGGGCCAUAGUCACAUGGCAGGAGGCUGGCAAGUAGUCCUCUCCAAAAACCAGUGACGAGGCCGCUUUCACCACACCUUGUUUUAUUGAUUGCAUGUAAUAUUCUAAUUUACUGAGAUUGUGGAUUUGUUUUUUUUUUAUGAUCUGGAAGCCAUAAUCAUCGCACUUAUGACAAAUCACAGCUUAAACUAUCUUGCUUUGCAUGUAAUGCGUCUAUCUCAUAUAUUAGUUUCCCCUUUUACGUUGCAUUACUGAAAUAAAUGAAGUUUUGCACGAUAUUCAAAUUUUUGGAGUAUCGCCUGUAUGUGUGUGUUACAAAAUAUUACGCAUGAACAUAUGUAAUCUCUUAUGUAUAAUAAUAAUAAUAAUAAUAAUAAUAAUAAUAAACAAGGACACAAGUCUUAUGGAAAGCAGUAAGGAUAAUGAUGAAUUCUAUAAAUUAAUCAAAGGUAUUGGAUAUAAUGUUAUAGUAUGUAGUGUGAGAGACAAGCGGUCUUAAAGGUGACUGUGGGAUUUCUGUUUGUAAACAUUUAAAUACAUGGGAAAAUAAAGAGCUGGUCAGGGAAUGGUGGUCAAAUGCAUGUUGGAAAUUGCAUUUUAAAUUUAUAGUUAUUUUCUCUUGGAAAUAAGUGUUAUUAAAGUGAUAUCAAAUGUUAAUGAACCAUUAAAAAAUGGUAACAAAACAAAAUGGAUAUUUUUAUACUCUAGUGUAGGAUAGGCAACCAUCAGCACUCCACAUGUUAAAGACUAUAUCUCUCCUUAUCCUUUGCCAGCAUUAUGGAUAUAAGCGUAUUAUGGGAGAUGUAGUCCACAUUAUCUGGAGUGCCAAAGGUUGCCUACACCAGCUAGUGAUUAAAGGACCACUAUAGUGCCAGGAAAACAUACUCAUUUUCCUGGCUCUAUAGGGUCUCUAGGUCCCCCCCCCACCCUCUGGGCUCCCCUCCCGAUGGGCUCUGAGGGUGGAAGGGGUUAAAUUUACCUCUUUUUCCAGCGCCGGGCGGGGGACUCUCCUCCUCCUCUCUUCCUCCUUCUCGUCAUCAUUGGCUGAAUGCGCAUGCGCGGCAUGAGCCGCGGGCGCAUUCGGCCAGUCCAUAGGAAAGCAUUCUCAAUGCUUUCCUAUGGGCGCUGUCGUCUUCUCACUGUGAAAAUCACAGUGAGAAUCGCGGACGCGCCUCUAGCGGCUGUCAAGGAGACAGCCACUAGAGGCUGGAUUAACCCUAUUAUAAAGAUAGCAGUUUCUCUGAAACUGCUAUGUUUAUAGAAGAAAGGGUUAAUCCUAGCUGGACCUGGCACCCAGACCACUUCAUUAAGCUGAAGUGGUCUGGGUGCCUAUAGUGGUCCUUUAAUGUUCUGUUCAUUUAAUGUGACCUACACACUUUAAUAUAUUUAAAUAAACUGCAACGAAUUACAAUAUAGAUUUGCAGGCUAUUUUAAACCCAGUGUUUUUGUUUUGUUUGUUUUUAAUUUUACUAAGCACAUUUUGUAAUAAUAGUGCAGAAAUACAGAAUUCCUUUUUACCAAUCUAUGAUUAUGCCACUUUUUAAAAAUGUCAUAUAUUUGAACAAAUGGUGUUGUUUAAUCACAUCUAUAAUGGUUCUAUAUUGCUCGAUUUCAUGGGGGAGGGGGGGGGGAGGAAAAGGCCACUGGUGAUUGGUAUAAGGCAUUCAGCUGAUGCUCACGGACAGUGAUAGGCAGCCUUUGGCACUCCAGAUGUUUUGGACUACACCUCCCAUGAUGCUUUGGGUAAGGACAUUAUGGGGGAUGUAAUCCACAUUUGCAGUGCCAAAGGUUGCCUAUGCCUGCUCGGCCUAUCAGUAAUUCCCCAUUCACAAAAAGGUAUGUAACAAUAUUUUUUUAUGAAAGGGGAGCUACUGAUUUUCUUUUUGAGUGGCUUAUCUACAUUUUAAAUGUAAACUUUUUUUAAUUUUCAAACAGGGAUCGGGGUACAGAAGGAAAGUGGGGAGGGGGUAGCAAUCUGAGUCAAAUGUUUCAAGUAUUAUGGUGAGUGAGGGUCCUGAGUCUUAUUGCUUUGAAGGAAAGAUUGCAAUUGCCUAUAUGAAAACUGUGAUGUCAAGGGUAUACCAUGUGUUGACAUGAGGUAGGGGAAAUCUUUUAACUGUGUUUGUGAAUAAAAAUAAUACAAAUGCGUGAGGUUGUGAGGGGUUUGGGGGGUGACAGGAAGAGAGUUUUGAGAAAGUGUGGCAGUGCAGAUGCUAGUACCGAGGCGUGAUGAUAGGCACAGACAUCCGUGACAGCCAACCCGCCCUCUGUCACAGGCGCCUUCAGAAAUUUCAUAGAUACCCGGGCAUUACUACCCACCCGAAGAAAUCCGGAUAUAUCUUUCUGAACAUUAAAAAAAAAAAAAAAAAAAAGGACUGCGGAACAGAGAUCGACAGAGUGCGGAAUACAUACUGCAGUCUCUGGAGUAUUGACCUCUUUAAUGCAACUAUCCUAUCUAUCCAUGCCAGGAACAGGGAACCCCAUCUAGCUAGUAUUGAUUUGCAGUCAUUCCAAACCCGAAUAUAGUUUCCUGUAUACAAAUCCGUGACCUUUAUUGUAAACCGAAGGCCCAGGUAUUUUAAACUAUCCCUCCUCUAUUCAAAAAGAGUAUGUAUUCCGCAGUAUAUUCAUCACAAGGCCUGUGUCUUCGCCGUAUUUAGGGAAUAUUAGGAGUGCAGGCCAUAAUCCUCUAUUAAGCAUAUAAGAGGAGGGAGAGAUUCUAAGGGAUCAGUAAUAUAAAGUAAUAUAUUGUCUGCGAACGCACUUAUCUUGUGCUCAGUCCCAUGCAAUGUUAUGCAGUGAAUCGAUGGUCUCUAAUGGUACAAAGGAGGGGCUCUAGGGCAAGGACAUACAACAAGGGGGACAGAGGGCAACCCUGUCUUGUCCUGUUAGAAAUGGUAAAUGGGCUAGACAGGAAUCCCGCCUGCAUUACUUGGGUUCUCUGUGUAGAAUAUAAUGCUAAGAUUUCUUUCACAAGUUGUGAAGGAAACUCAUAGGCAGGUAACGUCUGUCUCAGAAAGGGCCAGCCGAUGCGGUCAAAGGCUUUCUCUGCAUGUAAUGCUUAUCUACAUUUUAAAAGCAAACCUUUUAAGCAGUAAAGUAUGGAAACCUGCUGUGGCCUAAUUUCAUAAAAAUAUAUUAUCAGAAUACUCAAAAUUCAUUCAGUAUUUAAUUCAUAAAUUGAGUUAUUAAGCUUUUAUUGUGGUUUCCAGCAGCAGAUCAGACUUUUUAUUUUUUCUACUGUUACAUUACAAUUUAUUUAGUGAUGUGUGUUUGUCAUAAUACGGAGUUCUCUUCUUGAAUGCAAUGAUAAAGUAAAUUCUUCUAUCACUAGUCUUUAUGUUCUUACUUAAAAGUCUUACUCCAUCUCAUUUACAGUAGAAACCACACCGUGUCCUCAUCCCCCGUAAUAUGUUUGUGUGUUACAGUUUGUAAGUUGGAACAGAUUCAUUAUUUCCCAAUAACUACGUACCAUUAAGCAAUAGUUAAUAUAAACUCACUACAAAAGCAAAAGUACAAAGCACACAAAAGAUUAACAGAUACCACCCAAGAAAAGCAUUCAGUUUAUAGGUAUGUGGCAACUCUACAAAAACUUGUAAAGAAAUAACCAGUAUAUUUCGGUAAAAAAGGCAAAUAAGGCUAUCCUAUGUUGGUCACUCACAUCUGGUGAGCCUUUUGUAAGUCAGCUUGGAACUUAGCAGGCACCGUAAAUCAAUCAGACAUCCUAUUGUCGGGAUUACAGUUGAUCCAGCACGCAGAACUGUGUCACACCUAGGACUAAGGAUAACGUAUAACCGGAAUUUAGAAUGGCCAAACUUAACGUAUCCAAGAAUAGUCAAAAUACUAGCCGAGGUCAGGAACACGGAAUCAGACACAACGAUGAGGGAAAGCCAAAUGUCAAUGAUACCAGAAUUCAGGGAAGUCAAAACAAAGUCAAAUACCAGAAAAUUAAGAUCAGGAACCCACUCUCGGAUUACCAUCAGGAUGAAACCACGACAGGGCAGUGAGCAAAAAGAGAAUUGGGUUUAAAUACCCCUCCUGUGGAUCCGAUUGGCUGUAACCGUCCUUUGACCCCAAAAGCAAUUACCAGGUUUCCAUGUGCAUGAUUGCUGCUCGCCACAACUUUUCCUGUCAGGACGGUAAAUGCCAUUAACCACAUUUUUAUGUGCGGAUGAAUACGUGACACCUACUCAGCCAAACAGAGAUGCUUCUCUGAAUAUAUUUCUUCUUAAAGUGGCUCUGCCACCUCUAGCUUACCAUUAUCCUAUUAUUUCCUCUUUUCUUCCUCGUUCAAAAUAUGGACUUGCUUUCUUCCUUUCUGAUCCAUUUCUUUACACUUGUGACAAAAGGGUGAAGCCAAGGCAAACUCCUCUUCCUUUCUCUUGCUAACAAAUAAUUAAGUUUGCCUUAAGCUCCACCCUAUGUCAAGAUUGUCAAGUGUAGGAAAAAUUCACAAAACAAAGUAGUCCCAACUUUUUAUGUUUUAAAGAAAAAUAGGUCCGAAAGGAAGUUCAGAUUAUGAAAAAGAAGAAGAGGAAAGAAUUUGAGAAUCAUAGGUUUGAGCAACGUUAAGAACUUUUCAUAAAGACUGCUGGACUUCAGAAGGCUGAUGCAAACAAUUACACAAUAAAAUAAUACUUUAUUUGUAUGCUGUCUGAUUUAUCGUGAUUACGGAGUUCUGACCCGACUUAUAAAGACUCAACUCCAUGUUAGUGACUCAAUUGGAAAAUCCUUAUUUGAUGUUUAUAACUAUAUAUACUACACUAUGAUGUUUGUAGAGUUACCAUAUUCCUAUGAACUAAAUGCCUAUCGAGGGUUGUUAUUUUAAUCUUGUGUUUGCUUCUACCUUUUGCCUUUGUUUUGUACUGUGUAUUUAGGUAGUUGUUGACAUUAUUCUGGGUGGACGCUAGCUGCUCUGAGUUAUUGAUUGGACGCCAUUUUAACUCUAUAUUUUCUUACAUUAAUAAAAACACACUCGCCUAUAAAUUAUUACCACACAGCAAUUAUAAAUUUAAAAAAGGAUUUGUCCUACAGCUUUUUAUGGGGAUACAAUGAAAGCCGUUAUUUCUGUGGCUUUUUUUGAUUACACGAUGAUAAGUGGUGAAUUUAUUUCCUGAGUAUAGUGCAUUAAUUACUUGACUUGCAUCUUUAUAUAGUAAUUGGAUUGUCAUGGUAACACGACCUUUUAGAAAUGUGUGCGUUUGUUUUGUUUUACAUGCCCUUCACAGCCUAGGUUUUCUUUAUUCAGUUGAAUAACAAAAGUAAAAAUCAAUUGAUAGGUCACUUGCACACCCGAGUAACAAUGAGUAAUUAUAGGACUCACGGUCUGUCAUGUGGAUUUUCAUACAUUUUUUAUAUUUCUUAUUUUAGUUCGAACGGUAGCAUAUUACAAUACUAACACACUAUGAAUUUCUAGUAUGCUUGCUAACCGUAUGCUGUGACUUGGGUAUACAUGUAGUCUAAUCUGUCUGAGUUCUCAUUUAUCACUCCCUCCCUUCUAACAGUGUUAACUAUGAUUAGUUGGUAAUAUGCUAUUUAUAUAAAAUAAGAUUGGAAAGGUUGCAGCUAGCACUUCCAAUACCAGGGAUGCCUCUCUUGAAAUAAGGGAAUUCUCCUGCUGUGCUAUUAUGUGCAGCCUCUUCAUGCGGUGUUUUCAUUAGUUAAUUAUAGUUCAAGUCUAGUUGAACAUGUGCCUAUAGUAGAGUUCAAGAAGUAGUUCAUGAUGAGAGCAUUAUAAAAUGAGCAAUGUUCUAUUCUCCUGUAUUUUACCCAGGACAUACUCGAAAACUAGCAAAAUCUCAAUGUAUCCUUCCUGGUCAAAUAUUUUAUAAAUAAAUAAAUACAUUUUACAACCAAGAUUUAAGAGGGAGCAGUCCCCCCAUGGGAUCACUGGCUUUACCUAUUUUCUGACUCCAGACAACCUGCAAAGUCAAACCAUGUAGAAGUUCUUUAACCCCUUAAGGACCAAACUUCUGGAAUAAAAGGGAAUCAUGACAUGUCACACAUGUCAUGUGUCCUUAAGGGGUUAAAGAGGAAAGAUAUUGAGUUGUUUUCUCCUAGACCUAUAAAUAAAUCAAGAUCCCCUUCUUAUACAAUGAAAAGUGUUUCCCAUAUGUCUCCCUACAUUAAUAGCACAAUUAUGUAAGAUGAACCAAUUUUUAUAUCAAAUAUGGAAUCCCAGUUUUAUCUCUCUUGAAGAAUAUCAUCUGGUCAGAAUAUCCCUUGAAGGACUUGCUCUGUAUUGACCAUGAAAGGUUUCAAUCCUAGAGAAUAGUGUUAGGAGAGCAAAAACAUUAUUUAGUCCACACUUAAAUACUAUAAAUAUUUUAAUAUUUUGUCAGGAGAUUCUCUUUAGAAAUAUUUGGUACCAAGUGCUCUUCUUUUCCAAAGUACUUUUUCAAUAUGACAUUCAAAUUAUCCGAAUUCUUCAGAAUAAUUUUGUUGCUUCUAUCAGAACAGGCCACCAAAAUACAUUUUGGUGGAGAAAUUGAACUCCUCACUACCAAUCACCAUAACUAUCUGUUGCUGACCUCAUGUAAUAAUGAAUUCCUGUCUCAUAUAUUGAAGAAAAAAAAAAAAAGAAAAAAGUUACUUGCACACUAUCCCAAACCCCUAUGCACAUUAAAAUAACUGGCGGGUUUUUUUGUAUCACUCCAUUGGCCACUUAAGUGUAAGCUCACCUGCAACAUGAAGCAAAAACCUCUUAGGUGAGUCCUACAUUAACAAUUCACCCUGCUGUUUCCAGCUAACAGGUAAAAAUCUCUGAGACAAAAGAGGGGCUUUUUUCUAAACCCCUACACACUCAUUAACCCUUAAUAGGAAACACGUGAGGUGGGUGGCUGCACUGUAUCAUGUCUGUAUGAUACAAAAGCAAGUACAAAUAUAAAAAAUUAAGCCCUGCACUCAAACUUCCACUACUCCUGGGCUGCAGCAAUGACUAGAGGACACAUCAGCCCCAAUACAUACAAUAAAAAAAAAAAAAACAAUAAAAAAGUUACUUGCGCACUAUCCCAAAUACCUAUGCACAUUUAAAUAACUGGAGGUUUAUAGCAUCCCUCCAAUGGCCAUUUAAGUGUAAGCUCAGACAGCAAGGUAAUUUGUUACUGUAGGACUGGCCUAAGAGGUCGUGCCUUGACGUGGCAGAUUACACCUAAAUGGCCAUUGGAAUGAUACCAAAAAGAAUCCAGUUAUUUAAAUGUGCAUAGGGAUUGGGGUAGUGCGCGAGUAACAAUUUUUCUUUGGUUUUUAUAGUAUGUUUUAAGGGUGAUGCGUACUAUAAUCAUUGCUGCUGUCCAGGAGUAGUGGGAGUUUGAGUGUAGGGCUUAAUUUUGCCUUUCUCAUAUAUGCUGACCAAUAUCCCAACAUUUUAUCACUCCUUUAUUUUGCUCUCUUUUUACUCUAUAUCCCUUCAUUUCAAAUUCUAUAGUUCAUUGCUUUUUGUUACAUUACUACAAUUGGUACCUCUGUUUUUUUGUUAUCUGUACUGUUUUAAAGCACAUUGUCACUUUUUGGGUUCUUACAAUUUUAGAUUUCAUGUUUAAAUUGAAUUAUUUUCUCUCCUAUGAUGGACUGUUGUAUUGUUUGAACUUUUUGUAAUGCUAGGCAUAGUCCGUUGAAUGUUCUCUUCUUUAUACCUUUUCUAUAGUUUGUCUUGACUUAAAAUUAAGAUCUCAUUUUGUAAGAAAAUGUAAUCUUUUUGUAAAUAAUUGGAUUUUGUAAAAGAAACCUGGCUGUGCUGAAAGCAAUUAAUCAACGUUUUUCUAUUUCUAAGAAAUGUAAUUACAAAUGUAAUAUCUUGGGACAUUUCGAGGUUCUUAAUAGUACCGUUUUAAUUACCUGUAGUCCAACUGAAUCUUAAAGAUUAUAAGAGAGAGAUUAUGUAACUUUUGUUGAACUAGGCUAAACGUGAAAGAAAGAUAAAAUGUUCUUUGUAUUUCCUCAGAUCUCAAUGUUCAUCAUUGCUUCUUAUUAAUAGGUCCAGGUUUUGAUUUCCAAAAUAAGGGAAUUUAUUCACUGAACAUUGUGUUAUAUUUUGGUGGUAACUCCCAAUAUUUCCCAAUCUGGCUGUUUUGACUUAAAAUUUCCACCACUUUUGAAAUCUCAAUUAAAACAAAAACAUUUUUGGAGAAUAAGCAUACACAAGUGUAUUAUUUCAAAGUGCAUGUUUUAUCUAUGGUGCUUCUAUUUCAGUAAGUUCCUAAACGACAAAAAUUAGAUCAUUUUAAUUGUGUAUGGUUGUUAUUCUACAGGUUAAGCAUGACAUACAAAUUGUAUUUGAAUCUUAAAGGACCACUAUAGUGCCAGGAAAACAUACUUGUUUUCCUGGCACUAUAGUGCCCUGAGGGUGCCCCCACCCUCAGGGUCCCACUCCCACCGGGCUGGAUGGCGAGGAAAGGGGUUAAACUUACCUUUUUUCCAGCGCCAGGCGGGGAGCUCUCCUCCUCCUCCUCCUCCUCCUCCUCCUCCUCCUCUCCGCCUCUGAUCCUCCUCUUCGGCUGAAUGCGCAUGCGCGGCAGGAGCAGCGCGCGCAUUCAGCCUGUCUCAUAGGAAAGCAUUCAUAAUGCUUUCCUAUGGACGCUGGCGUCUUCUCACUGUGACUUUCACAGUGAGAAGCACGCAAACGCCUCUAGCGGCUGUCAAUGAGACAGCCACUAGAGGCUUUAGAGGCUGGAUUAACCCAUUUAUAAACAUAGCAGUUUAUCUGAAACUAUGUUUAUAAAAAAAUGGGUUAACCCUAGAGGGACCAGGCACCCAGACCACUUCAUUAAAAUGAAGUGGUCUGGGUGCCUAGAGUGGUCCUUUAAUGAAUGAAUGAAUGAGUGUGUUGAAAGUGAGUAUAAAAACAGUCCUGACUUGAAUGUUUGUUUUAUGACAUAUUGUGUACACAUAGCUUAGUGGAAUCUCCCAGUGAGCCACGUUUAGACUUUACUUGAAUCUGUGUAUUUAUGGAUUAAUGUUAUAAUUUUGCCAUUUUUUCCUCAUAUACAACGUUGUGUAAAACUUGUUUUUCAGGGAUGCUUCUAUGAUGGCUAUGCGAAGACGUAUUGAGGGCUUAACACCGGAACAGAUGCGUGCCUUGUCCAAGUCAGAGCUUCAGAUGCCUGUCACUAUGAUGGAUUUUGAGCAGGCUCUAAAAAAGAUUUCAAAGUCAGUCUCUGCUACAGAUUUGGAGAAGUAUGAAAAAUGGAUGGCAGAAUUUGGUUCUUCAUAG